AUGUUGAUAACAUUUAUAGAAGAAGAAAAAAUUACAAUCAGUAUUAUAGUUUUUAUCCAGAAGGAACUUAAUUAUGUAGAUGGUAAGUUUUAGUAGCAAAAUAUAAAGUCCACUGAUAAAGACAUUUAGUCUGAUCGUUAGGAAAUCGUAAAAAAAUAAGAUUGGCAUACAAAAGGUUUCUAAAACAUAUAUUUCUUUCCUGAAAUUUGUAUAUAAAUGAAGUUGAAAAAUGCUUAACAGGAAUUGCUUAUUUUUUAAACGUAGCCAACAUAGCAAUCAAUAGAUGGACUCACUGUAAAGUAUUGCAUAAUAUCUGAAGGCUAGAAAUUUGACACUGAACGAUUAGGUUGCUAUCAUAAAGCCCAAAUUUAUCAUUAAAACAUAGUAAAAUUGCAUUAUUCCGAAAAAAACCUGA